UGAGGCGUUCUACACGAUUUGGAAAGGUGCUUCCUCUUUGAAGAGCUUUGGCGGCGGCGGCGGCGGCGGCGGACCAGGCCGGCUCUGGGACUUGAAGAUACUAAAAUCUGUCUGGCUUCAAAUUCUUUUCCAAGCCAGAGGAGAAGUAACUGAUGGGGAUGAGAGGUUGAGAACGUUUGACUCCCCUGCAACCUUUGGUACAGAUUACUGCUGCUGCUUCUGUAGGUCGGCACCAAAGAGCACAAUGAGUACAAGAAAGCGUCGUGGUGGAACAGUAAAUUCUAGACAAGCCCAGAAACGGACUCGGGAAGCAACUUCUACUCCUGAAAUUUCUUUGGAAACAGAACCCAUAGAACUCGUGGAAACUGCUGGAGAUGAAAUUGUGGACCUUACCUGUGAAUCGCUAGAGCCUGUGGUUGUUGACCUGACUCACAAUGACUCUGUUGUGAUUGUUGAUGAAAGAAGAAGGCCGAGGAGAAAUGCUAGGAGGCUGCGUCAGGACCAUGCCGACAGCUGUGUGGUGAGCAGUGACGAUGAGGAACUGUCCAGAGACACAGAUGUGUAUGUGACUACCCACACGCCCAGAAACACCAGGGACGAAGGUGCUGCAGGAGUGAGGCCGUCUGGUACUGUCAGUUGUCCCAUCUGCAUGGAUGGAUACUCUGAGAUUGUGCAGAACGGACGUCUCAUCGUUUCUACAGAAUGUGGCCAUGUCUUUUGUAGCCAGUGCCUCCGUGAUUCUCUUAAGAAUGCUAACACUUGUCCAACUUGUAGGAAAAAGAUCAACCACAAGAGGUACCACCCCAUUUAUAUAUGAAGUGUUGAGAGCUGCUCGGGAGAGACAGAUGGACGGACAGACAGCCUGGCUGGGUUCUCCGUAUGGUAUCUGCCUCCAUUGCCCUGAGCUCAAAAAACCAACAUCUGAAGUGUAAACUGCUCUUUUGUUUCCAGCCCUUCUUAGACCCUUUUGUUCCUCUAUUUUGAUGCUGUGGGGCUGGACCUAGGUCUGGACCCAGACCAGGCUCUCCCUCUGCUCCCACAGUCCUCUGGUUCUAGAGUUGGAGAAGGGGAGCCAGGCACACUGGACUAGAGAAUUAAGGUUCCUCUCUGUUUCUGGAACCUGCACAUUUGCCAAGACGUUUUCCCUGUUUGGAAAGUUUCCCCAGCUCUCUCAGCACGCCACCUUCGUCCCAGUCGACCAGUGUGCCUGCCACACAUUGACCAAGCCAGAUACAGUCCCCCCAGCUCAAGGAUCCCAGGUGCAGAGUGGCCUUGAGGCCCUGGAAAGACCAACCACUGGACUAUUCUUGAGAGUUGGAGGUCACCCAAGAUUUCUGCCUGUACCUUAGCAUUAAUAUGCAGCAAUUUCUGCAAAUCAGGAGAACCUCUGCAGGGCAAUCCCUGUUUCCUAAGAACGAAAAAGUGCAAUAAAGCCCGUUCUUCACCACCUCCUUGCAGCUGCCUGCCCAGGAGAUGUAGCGUGUUAGCGUUCCCUCCAGAGGCCUGAUGGCACCUGGAGCAGUGCCCAUCCUACCCCAUUCCUGUUCACUAACUGUUCUCAGGAACCUUACCCAGGACAUGGAAGGUAAAUAGGGCAGACUUGCAUUUGGGUAUCCUCACUCUUUCUGAUAAGAUCCAGUCUGUGUUCGCCACGUACCCUCCAGUCCUCAGCUCCUCGGUUCCCCUGCCUGAUGCUGGCCCAGCGUGUAGAUGGGAGGCAGUGGCAGUUGUUGUGGCCUUAUCAGCCACUCACUUCCAUGCUUUUGCCCAAGUCACUGUUGCUCUGUGUUUAAAAAACUUGGCCCGCCUGACUUGGUACUGACGUGGCUUUUUCAUCUACAUCCCAUUCCCCCGCCUCCAGCAUUUGUUUCAGAAGCUGCUCUUCUGCCCAGCUGGGCUUUUGGCUACUCCAUAGGUUUUUGCUGGGAAAACACGCUGACUUAUCCUUCCCAAGGGCCCAGGUAGUAACCUCUGCUCCACUGCACAAGUGUGUUGGAGCCACAAGUUCUCUGAGAGCAGCAAAGUGGCCUGAGCUGCCCCUGAUAGCACAGGGCAUGGGGGUGGCUGACAGGAGAGAGGCCUGUGGCACUAGACUGCCUCCACCUCCACACUUUCUCAGAGGGCUUCAUGCCAAACCAACAGCCUUUUCGUUCAAAACAUCUUCAGAGUGGGAAAGGGGCCACUUCUGGCUUUGCUAGCAAUAACUGACCUUCAGUUUACUCUUCUGAAGGAGCAGGGACUCAGCACAGAAUUCACUUUAAAUGGGGCUGAAGGAGUGUCCCUCCUCUAUGUGAAAAGAAAAUAGUUUUAUUCUUUCUGACUUUUUAACUUAACUGUUUGGCUCAUUUCCAGUUAGUAUGAAUGAACAUAAUAGUUUUCUACUUGGAGUUGAAGAGGGCAGGGGCGUCAGCGCUUGUCAUUGGGGGAUAUGAUGUGUCUGCCCUCUGCAUGGACUUCAUUACCAUUAAGUUCUUUCUGGGCUUUAUGGAAAUGCUCUUGUUCCAUUCCAAUGACUCCCAGGUUUCAGGCACCAAGGUGACCAUGCAGUCCACUAAAACACAUAGUAACACCCAUUCCCAAGUUUCUUUAAAUUUUAUUCUCAAAGGCAACUUAAGUAGUUGAUCAUACAACUUGUAUUACUUCAUUCUAAAUUAAAUUGGUAAGACAUGGGAUUAGUUUCUGCUAUUCAGAAACUGUAAACUAGGAAAAGGUUGGUAUGAAAAUAAUCCCUUUCCUGUCCUCAGUGUACAUAGUUCAGCUCUUUGUUACAUUUAAAAUAUGUUCAUGGACACCAGUCUGUUUUGGACUCACUUGCUAGUGUUAAAAAUGGAAAUAAAACCAUUAAUUUGAACAA